AUGAGUCAGUUGCCGCUUUGCCGGGAUCUGAUUGAGCGAACCCUCGGAUACCACGGGAAGCCAUUUCAGAAAAUAUGGGAAACGGAGCGCUUGGAAGACGAACUGUCACAUCUCGGCAUUGGAAACAAUGUGGAUUUUUCCGUCUACAACGAGCGGCAGAAGCACUUUUCCUUUCAGGAUCGAGCCAAACGGCUAAAGUUGCAUCAGUUCAUGGCACGGAAUGCAGACAUAUUUUAUCACCCUUUUCCAUUUCCCAAAACAUUGAUGGGUGAUUUCAAAAAUGAUACAAAUUUUGUGAUACCGCCGUUGGAAGUGUUUUUGGACUCGGAGGCGAAUGGAAACACAGAGCAUCUGUUGAAGACCGUGCUACCAGGGGACGUUGUGUAUGGAACAGUUAUAUCAUAUAAACAUUUUGUUGCACUUAUAUUCAGACCGCUUGUUAUAGUUGGUAAUAUGACGUCAUUAAUUCGAAACAAGUCUGUGAAGGGUACCAUAUCAAACAAUCUGCUGCCUGAUGAGCAUGAGCAUCAUGCUAAAUUUUUUUACACUAACGAUUUCAUCUGUUGUGAGGUGGUCAACGUUGUGCCCGAUGCCCGCCGAUUGAUCUGUACUAUGCAGCGUAGCCCUAAAAGUCGUUCGCCAGAAUCGAUAACGUAUGGGUUGAUAAAAAAGGAAGAAUUACCGGCAAUUUACAAGUUAGCUGUAAAUCGGGGGGAGCGUGUGAGUUACGAGGAGUUUCUUGAAAAGUCGCCUUCAUUUCAUGAUCCAAGUUAUACAGAGCAACUAUACAUAGACGCUGGAUUGGAUAGUGGACAAUUCUAUACGAAUAUGUCGAGCUUGAAAGGGAGAUAUCCCUCGCAGGAGUAUGCGGCUGAACUGCGCAACUCGCAGAACAGCAAAUGGGCGUUUAGAUCGGUCGCACAAGGAAUUGAGCAUUUUAAAGAAGGUCGCCACGCAGAGGCCUUCCAGUGUCUCAAUAAAGCGUUAAGUAUGGAUCCACGGAACGUCGAAGGUUUGGUUGCGCGCGGGGCUUUGUACGCCAACAGCGGUUCUUUCAAGAAAGCAGUCGAUGAUUUUGAGGCGGCAUUGAAGCUGAAUCCUUCGCAUGCUAAUGCGCGUAAGUAUAUGGGUGAGACGUUGGUUGCUCUCGGACGCAGCUAUGAGGAGGAAAACCGCUUCGAAGAAGCGAAAAAAGCAUACCAGGAUUGUCUGAACAUCAUUCCACACCACGAAGAGGCCCAAACAUCACUGGAAUUUUUGAAGACGAAACCGUCGUUCACUGGCAAGCAAAUAGUGGAACCGACAGAGCUGGAACUACCCGCUCUUAACAUCGUCAAACCGUCAUCGAGCGAUCGUAACAAACAGGAACCGGAUACAUCAGGUGGGAGCGGUGCAUUUGGGGGAAGUAGCAGCAAGCGCGAUAAUAACGAAGGCUCGCGUAAGGAACGUAAGAAAGAAAGCAAGAAAGAUCGCAAAAAACGCCAUAAGAAACAUCACAGUAGCUCCAGCGAUUCUAGCUCCGACAGCUCGGAGAGCAGCGAUUCGAGCAGUGAUUCCACUAGCAGCACCAGCAGUGCAUCGUCCAGCAGUUCCGACUCAUCCGGCUCGCGCAAUAAGAAGCGCAAACGCUCGAAGAACGAUAAGAAGCCAAAGUCGGUCUCACCGUUGGGUAAGCGCAUGUCGCUUGGAGUUCGUGGCGGCGCUGGAACAGGCGAACUGGUUGGUUACCCAAUCGGUGGCCAAGGCAGCGUCUUCGGGCAUGGUUCUAAUCACGGUCAGUCAGGAUUAGAUGAUUACGAACAGAAGGUGCGUAAGUUUUUGGAAAUGCCGCGCGACGAGGAGAACUACGAAGAAAAGGUUCGUAGAUUUGUGGCCGAAGCGAGCAAGUACCAAAAGGAACGCAAGCAGAUGGAGGACAAGUCGAAGAAAAAGAAGAAGAAGGACGAGAAAAAGUCCAAGAAGGAGAGCAAGAAAAAGCGCAAAUCCGACGAGAAGAAAAAAUCUAAGAAGAAGGAUAAGGGCGGCGCUGACGACGACGGGAUGGGCAAGGACAAGCUUCGCGAAGCUCUCAAAAUCUUUGAAAAUUUCCCUGUCCUGGACGAGCUUGGUUCGAAGCUCAACGAGUACUACACCAAAAUGGAAAAGCAGCAGUCCGUCGGUGGAUCGCUCGCGGAAGCAUUGUUUGAUAUCUUAGGUGAUGGCGCAGGCGGAAGCGGUGGCGCUGGAACUUCACGAGGUAAGACGUCGGAUCUGCUGGAUUUGGACCGGGUAACAGGUGUUGGUGGUGACGACAACGCCAAGGAUGGCAAGUGGCGCAUGAUGUUCAAUAAGGACAAGCGUCCCACGAAAGAGCCCGUUCCCGCCGGCGCCUCGACCAGCGGUAUGGGUGCGAAACAGCACCCGUUCAGUAACGAAUCGGACGAGGAGUCGACCGGUGCCGCGGCAGGACCAUCGUACGGUGGGUCGAAAAUGCAGCAUGGUUCCGACCAGCGGGGAGCAACUGGCAGCCGGUUCAGUGGCCGUUACGGGGAUGACCGUAGCAGUGGCCUGGAGAAGAGCAAACCCGCCGCCACUUCGCAGAUGCCACCCGUCAAGUCCGGCCCGGUGGUGUUGGAUAAGUUCGGUAAUUUCCGUCUCGCUUCAGCCGAUGUCCCUUCAGCGGCCGGUGGCUCGAAGCCGCCGGAACCGGCCGUAGCGCCUCCGAUGCGUCGAUCGCGCAGCAAAUCCCGCCACCGCACGUACGGUAGCUCCCGAUCCCGCUCUCGAUCGCGCAGCGAAAGACGUCGUUCGCGAUCGGGCAGCUUCCGGCGUCGGUUCAGCCGGUCCCGGUCUCGAUCGUUCAGCCGAUCGCGUUCUGGCAGCUACUCGCGUAGCCGGUCACGGUCGCGCAGCUUCGAACGACGUCGUUUCGAUCGGCGCUUCUAUCGCGGUGGUCGUGGCGGCGGUGGCGGAGGCUACGGGGACCGGAUGAUGCCAUUCGGAGGCAAUCGGUUCAACAACUCGCGUGGUCACUAUCGCCGUGGUGGCUUCCGCGAUUUCAGAGACAACCGCUUCAUGGGAGGACGUGGAGGUGGUAUGAUGGAUCGCGGCGGGCGCGAUAGACCUCCGUUCCGUCCGCGGUAUCGCGGUCGCUUUCAGCGUUCAUACAGCCGCAGUAUGAGCAAAUCGCCCGAUCGUCGUCCGAUCAGUCCGGGGGACGAUCGACCUCGGCAUCAUAAUCGACGUGGGGACAGCCGCGAUCGAGGCACGGGGGGUCAGCGGGGUGGCGAUAGUCGGGAGCGUUCAUCGCCAUCGGGCCGACGCAGUCGAGGGGACAGCCGCGAUAACCAGCGUGAUCGCGAAGACAGUCCGGAACUCGAUCAACGCCGUCGCCAUUCGGAGGAUCGUGACUCGUUGAAGCGAACGAAGGAUGAUGCGACCACUCCUGGUAGUGCCGGAUCUGGCAAGGUAGUGCGCGGUUCUUCUAGCGGACGGGGAGGAGAUGACGUGGCCGAAGACAGCUCGCCCGGUUCGUCUAGUGCUGGAAAGCCGCGGCGUCGUCGGUCGUCUUCAGGCGGAAGUCAGCGCUCGAGCGGAUCGAAUAAGAUACCGCAUGACGUCGAGGGACGCUGGGCAGACGACGAGCAGAAGAAAUCGCAACGACGUGACGCUGCGGAAUCGUCCGGACCGGAAGGUUCCGGCGCUGCUGCAUCCGCCGCUGUAACCGAUGACGAAGUAUCAUUGGAAGAUUUGGAGAAAAUGCUGACAAAGGCACGCAAGGAGCGAAAGGAAGAAAUGCUGGAGCGCAACAAAGACUUGCAUAAAAAGACGACCGGAAGUGGAUAUUGAACAAAAGGUGCGAGAAAGAAUGCCAAGAACAUGGAGCUCGUAAUUUCUACAUAUAAGCAUGAACUAGUGGGCACGUUAUCCGUUUUUCUUUCUCCUAUGAAUGAUCGACGUGCUUGCGCACCAAGGACAAACAAAUCUUAUUCAUUACUAUCAUUACUCAAACAUUGAUUAACAUGUAAAACAGCCAGAAGCUGUAAUAAAGAUGUAUAAUUUGAUGUAUUCAUUCUAAUAAAGAACCAAAAUUUUAUCGGUAGAAUAACACAUUCUAUUAGA